GGCAUGGGGGCCACUUCCUACAUUAUUUCUGCUCAGAGGAGAAGAGCGAGCGGUCUUAGUUUGAACAAAAUGGCUGCAAGAACGCUGUCAACGAGAGCUCACUGAACGCAUUAUGACUGUCCACUCCUACAUUUGGAUUUUUCGAGAAUGUAUUUUCUUGGAUUCGUUUUUCAAUUUGCAUUCGUAGUAGCAAGGUCGUCGGUCAGAUGUUGUUGCUAACCUGCUAGCUCCUUAGCUAGCGGCCUAAACACAACUUAUUUCAUUUUGCACUUUAACCCAAGUUGGCUAGCUAGCUAGCAAUUUUCGUCGACAAUUUACUGAAAUCUGCCUGUUUUCAUUAAUUUGCAAAUGACUCCUUACAACAGUCGAUGACUAAUGCCAACUAGCUAACAUUAACUCCGCUACUUUUUGAGUCGAAUCGUUUGUUGCUUUUUCGUUUUCUAUAACGUGAUACUGACGUUUAGCAUUUUUUUGUGUUGCGAAAAUUGUCCUUUUAGUGCAUCGUUGCGCUAAAAUACAAAGUUCUUGCUGUGUGUUUGUCAAGUAUCGAUCUCGGUAUUUUUUGUUAUGAAGCUGCUCUAACUGUUAUCCAGUCAGUCAGUAAGCCCCAUGCAGCAGGAGAGCUGACGGUGGCUAAUGCUAGCUAGCUGGAUAACUGCGAAGACUGAAUUCCUGAUUUGUCAUUUACGGGUAUUUUUUUCGGGAAAACGCGUAGCAGAAUGCUUUUCUGCAUCAUCUUCUGCCAUGCACCGACUUUGUAUUGAAAGCUGCCAAAGCUCAACGUGUGAUUACGCAAGCUGAGAGAAGCUAACAACACGAGAAGAGAACCAUUUGAUGGAAGAAAAUAAAAAGCAAGACAAGACCAAGAAGGAAGCUGCUCAGAAACAGGCUGCUGACCUGAAAACCAAAGAGCCAGCUAAGCCCAGCCCCGGUCCCCUCCACUACCCCACCACCUGUGUGACCCUGCCCCAGGCCUCACACCCCCCUCCUCGUCCUCUUCAGUCAGAACCAAUGGGAAGCGCGCCCCCUACCACCCAGCAAACACCACAGCAGCAGACCCCACCUCAGCCUCCGUCGUCGUCCUCAGGCCCCCGCUACCCGCCCCGUGAGGUGCCCCCGCGUUUCCGCCAGCAGGAGCACAAGCAGCUACUGAAGAGGGGCCAGCCACUGCCAGCCGGAGCCCUGAGUAGCCUCACAGUGACCCCUGCCUCCGACCCGCUCACCCCUGGUGCCCCCGCUUCUUCUUCCUCCACAGGCAAGCGCCACACAGACCUGCCCUUCCAGAGUGGUCCUGGUGCCCAGUAUGAGAAUCCCCACUGGGGAGCCUUACCACCAGCCACUGACCGCAGCAGCAGCACCACCAGUAGUAGCUGGGAUCAAGUGAUCAUUGACGGGAGCGACACCGAGGCCUGGCCCUCCAUCAGUCGCAGCAGCGACAGCCGACCAGCGAAUCCUUCAGAAUGUGCCACAGCCGCUGACUGUACGAACCCAGAGACCAGCAGCAACAUGAGCAUAGCCGCGGGGGCUACUAGCCAGCAGGCCCACUACCCCUCUCUCAAAGCUAACGCCACUAACAUGAUGCAGCCUGGCGGUGGCCAGGGAGUUGGAGCCAUCGGCAGCAGGGGCUGGGGCUCCGGAUCAGGCCCCAUCACCAUGGGCCCCACUGAGGGAGCCAAACCCGAUGGCCUAGGGCCCAACAUGGGUCGGAGUGGAGGAGCACCCGGCUGGAACUCCCAACCCAGUUUUAGCCUGAACCUGAACCCCAACGCCAACCCCUCGGCCUGGCCCGUGCUGGGGCAAGAGGGGGCUGGAGGUGGCCCCAACCCCGCCUCACUACCUCCCAACGGCAGCCUGGGCAACAGUAGCCUGGGAGGGGAAGAGAACAACAGCAGCAGCACCUGGGGAGGCAUGAUGAGCCCUGACGCCCCGUCCUCCAAUAAGAAUGUGUCUUUCAGCAGCAUGGAACAUCCCAACCUUAACACUGACGGACAAAACAGCCACCACACUAAGCAGCCACUCAGCCCCAUCCACGGCCUGCCCGGCUGGGGAGGCCAGUCCCCUACCGAGUCCUCCCAGCUCAACGGAGACGCAGGGAGCUCCGUCUGGGGCAACGGAGACACCAAGACUUCCGCUGACUCCAAAAACUCAGGCUGGGACUCGGCACCCUCCGGAGGCAUGUCCGGCUGGGGCCACUCUGGCAGCGGGAGUGGAGGUGGAGAAGGAGGCUGGGGGAAGCCCUCCAGCGGUGGAGGAGAGGCCAAACGAGGCUGGGAUUCCUCAGAUGGCCCAGCCCAGGACCAGCAGUUAAGCUCCUGGGGCCAGCCAACCCCGGCCCCGACUAGUGAGGGUAGCGGAAGCGGCGGCAGCGAGGUGCGCUCCCACCGCAGGGACAGGACCGGUAGCGAGGACGGAGGCCCCCCUCCCCUGCCUCGGCAGGACCUGGACCCCCGGGUGCUCUGCAACACAGGCUGGGGCCAGACGCCCGUCCGCCAGCACACCUCCUGGGAGAUGGAGGAGCAGCGCGCCGCCAACGAGAGGAAGACCAGCGAGAUGAGGGGAGGUGCUGGAGGGGACACUUGGAAGGGCUCCAGCAGCCCCUCUUCCGGAUCCCCACUGGACCCCCGGAACGGGGGAGCCAACCCCAACCUGGGACCAUCUCAGAGGCCAGGCUCAGGGGGCUCCGGAGGCAAGAGCGAGGGCCCCUCAGGCUGGGGAGGCCCUCCACCCUCAGGCUGGGGGGAGCAGCCUGUCAACAAGGCCCCCAACGGUUCAGUCAGUGGUUGGGGGGAGCCCAUGGCCCAAGGCCACAACACCACAAACAAUGGCCCCAAGAGUGGAGUUCAAUCCUGGGGCGUCCCUGAGGGGAAGUCCUCCCCUACCUGGGACGACGGGCCAACCAAGACCCAGCAGAGCCAGUCCCAGAGCUGGGGAGAGGGUCCCAAGUCCUCCCACGGCUGGGGCUCCGGCCACGGAAGUGGCAGCCGUGGAUCCAAUGGCUCCAACGGCUCCAAUGGAGGAGAGUGGAGAGAACCGGCCGAGGUGAAGAAGAAUGGAUCCUCCAGCCACAUGUGGGAAGGAGAAGGAGGAAAUGGACGAGGAGGAGGGUGGAAGGACAGCCCCAGAGGAGGUGGAGGAAAUGGGGGCGGCUGGGCGUCAAAGCCUGCCCCUGCUGUUGGAGGUGGUGGCUGGGUGGAGACCCAGCAUCCCAACAGCCCAGCACCAGGAUGGGGCUCCAAGCCCCAGGAAAGCCCCAACGGCCCAGCACCAGGAUGGUGCUCCAAGCCCCAGGAAAGCCCCAACAACCCGGCACCAGGAUGGGGCUCCAAGCCCCAGGAAAGCCCCAACGGCCCAGCACAAGGAUGGGGCUCCAAGCCCCAGGAAAGCCCCAACGGCCCAGCACAAGGAUGGGGCUCCAAGCCCCUGGAAAGCACCAACGGCCCAGCACCAGGAUGGGGCUCCAAGCCCCAGGAAAGCCCCAACGGCCCAGCACCAGGAUGGGGCUCCAAGCCCCAGGAAAGCCCCAACGGCCCAGCACCAGGAUGGGGCUCCAAGCCCCAGGAAAGCCCCAACGGAAAUAGUGGAGGUGUUGGAACAGGAGGAGGCAGCAUGGGGUCCUGGGGAGGCCCUGCAUCUGUAAGGCAGAGUUCCAACCCCGGCUGGGGCCCAGGGAGCUCCGGAGCCAAACCCGACCCAGCGAUGGAGCCCACCGGCUGGGAGGAACCCUCUCCUCCCUCCAUCCGCCGCAAGAUGGAGAUCGAUGACGGCACGUCCACAUGGGGAGACCCCAGCGCCUACAAUAAGACCGUGAAUAUGUGGGACCGCAACAACCCCACUGGAGGUAACGGUAACCAAGGCAACGCCCCCACCCAGCCGCCGACCAGCAAGAGCAAUGGAAGCAUGGCCGUCAACAACAGCCACAACCACUCCUCCGUCCCCCCUAGCAAUAACAAUCACCACCACAUGAACCACCACCACCCGCACCACGGACAGCCCCCGCCACACAGCCAGCACCACGGCAACAACAAUGGAUCCCCCAACACCGCCGCCCCGCACCAGGGCAGUGGACCCCAGGGCAGACCACCUAUGGCCAACCCAGGCUGGGGGGAGCUGCCCAGUGUCCAGCAGCCCAAACCAGAAAUGGCAUGGGGGGAACCCGCUGGCCCCUCUCCUGCAGUGGACAACGGCACCUCUGCCUGGGGCAAACCCCCCGGUGUUCCUGGAGGCUGGGGCGAUGGGGGGCACGAGCCCAAUGGACCCUACAGGAGGGGCAACAACGGACCCUCUGGACCUGCACCCUGCAAGCCAGCCCCCAAAUCUAUGCAAGACGGCUGGGGAGGCGGGAGGGAGGAGGAGAUGGGCAUGUCUUCUGGCCAAUGGGAUACUGACGCCGGAGACAUGUGGAACAGCCCCGCCUCCCAGGAGAGCAGCACCUCCUGUAACUCGUGGGGCCAGCCGCCCAAGAAGGGCCCGCCCAAGGGCAAGAUGGGCAACCAGCCAGACGAAGCCUGGAUCAUGAACCGUCUCAUCAAGCAGCUCACGGACAUGGGCUUCCCGAGGGAUCCUGCCGAGGAGGCUCUGAAGAGCAAUGACAUGAACCUGGACCAGGCCAUGAGCGCUUUGUUGGAGAAGAAGACUGAACUGGACAAGCGGGGCAUGGGCAUGUCAGACUACAACAACGGGAUGAACAAGCCGUUGGGUUGCCGUCCCCAGGCCCUCUCCAAAGACCCCUCCUCGGACCGCAGCCCAUUCCUAGACAAGGACGGUGGUCUGUCAGAUGACACCCCCCCCUCACCGUUUCUGCCUUCUCCCGUCAGCCUGAAGCUCCCCCUGAUUAACAACCUUCAGCCUGGGCUGGCCCUGGGCUCCCCAGGGCUCAACAUGCAGAACUUGAACAACAGACAGAUGCAGAGUGGAAUGUUGGGCAGUAGUGGAGCAGCACUAUCCCGGGCCAUGCAGCAGCCGCCUCCUCAGCCGUCAGUGCCGCCUCUCGGCUCCUCCCAGCCUAAUCUACGCGCUCAAGUGCCUCAGUUUCUCACCCCUCAGGUUCAAGCACAGCUCUUGCAGUUUGCCGCAAAAAACAUUGGUCUGAACCCUGCACUUUUAACCUCACCAAUAAACCCUCAACAAAUGACUCUGUUGUACCAACUUCAGCAACUGCAAAUGGCGUACCAGCGUUUACAAAUCCAGCAGCAGAUGAUGCAAGCUCAGCGCAACGUCUCGGGCCCCAUCAGACAACAAGAGCAGCAAGUUGCACGUACAAUCAAUAACAUGCAGCAGCAGAUCCAACAGCACCAGCGUCAGCUGUACCAGGCCCUGCUGAUGAAGCAGCAGCCCCCGGCUCCCACUCGCCUGCACCCCAGCCAAGGCAAAUCAGCCCUGGACUCGUUCCCAGGCCACCCCCAGGCACCGGGCCUCUCCGACCUGCACACCAAAGAGCCGCAGUCUUCUCCCAACUCCUACAGCCCCUACCCCCUCUCUGGACUCAAUCCAAACAUGAAUGUAAACUGCAUGGAGGUGGGGGGCCUGUCCAUGAAGGAGCCUCCCCAGCCCCAGUCCCGUCUGUCCCAGUGGACCCACUCCAACUCCAUGGACAGCCUCUCUGGAAACUCCUCCCACAUGGAGCCCAACCUCAAUAAGCACGGUGCCAUAUCUGCUGCUUCUAACCUGGGCCCCCCCGGAAAGCCCCCCCACAUGGAUGACUCCUACAGCCCAUACAGUAUGAUGGGUGGGUCUGAGUCUCCCACCUCCCCCCUGGUUCCCCCUGACAGCUGGGGCCAGGGACCAGGAAAGAGCCCCAAGGAUCAGAUCACCAAUGGAACGAAUAUCAACUGGCCCCCAGAGUUCUGUCCAGGCGUGCCCUGGAAGGGCCUGCAGAACAUUGACCCCGAGAACGACCCCAACAUGACCCCAGGAAGCGUUCCCAGCGGCCCCACCAUCAACACCAACAUCCAGGACGUCAACCGCUACCUGCUCCGGGACCGCAGCGGAGGCUCCUCCCCUCCUUCACCGCCUCAGAACGGUGCUCUGCCCCCCUCCACGGACUGGCCAGUCAGUGGCUGCUACACUAGCUCUUUCAGUCUGUCCUCCCCGGAUGAGGAGAGUGCAGGUAAGCUAUCUGACAUGAAGUCCACCUGGUCCCCGGGUCCCAUCUCCCACCCCUCCCAGGCCUCUCUAUCCCACGAGCUGUGGAAGGUCCCCCAGGGACCCCGUAACAACACAGCCCCUUCAAGGCCACCUCCCGGCCUUACCAACCCAGCCAAGCCCUCCUCCACCUGGGGGGGAAACUCCCUGGGCCUGGCCCAAGGCUGGAGCAGCUCGUACACCUCAGAGGGCACCACCUGGAGCACAGACAGCUCCAACAGGACCAGUAGCUGGCUGGUACUGAGGAACCUCACCCCCCAGAUAGAUGGCUCCACCCUGCGGACGCUGUGCAUGCAGCACGGCCCCCUCAUCACAUUCCACCUCUUCCUGACCCAGGGAAACGCUGUGGUGCGAUACAGCUCCAAGGAGGAGGCUGCCAAGGCCCAGAAGUCCCUGCACAUGUGUGUGCUGGGGAACACCACCAUCCUGGCAGAGUUUGCUGGGGAGGAGGAGGUGAACCGCUACUUUGCACAAGGCCAGCAGCAGCUCCCGCCCACCACCAGCUGGCAGCCCAACCCCGGCACCAAUCAGAUGCGCAUGGGAGGAGGCGUAGGUUCGCAGCAGCACGCUAUUGGCCAUCACUGGAGCAGUGCCGGUGGAGGCCUGGGGGGAGGAGCCAAGACGGGCGGAGGCGGAGACCUCCUGUGGGGGGGCGUGCCCCAGUACUCCAGCCUGUGGGGGCCCCCUAGUGGCGAUGACAGUCGCGGCGUCAUCGGGAGCCCCAACCCCAUUAACACGCUGUUGCCAGGUGACCUGCUGAGUGGAGAGUCCAUGUAGGACAACACACUAACAAACCAACCAUGAGAAUGGAUGUUUCAAUGCUGGAACACAGUGGAAAAAUAAUAAUAAAUACAGAAAUACACAAAAAAAAUGACAAUGAACAGGAGCAAAACCAAGCAAAUCAUGUGGCGAUAAUCAGUAUCAACGGAACUGUGAAUCGUGUACCGGAAGGCUGGGGGCGACGACACAAGACUGCUGACCCCUACACCCUUUGGUUUUUACGUUUUCUUCUUUUUUAGUUAUCUUUUUAAAAGGGGAUUUUCUUUUUAGUAUUUGAUAAAUUGUUGGAAGCAAACAAAAAUGAAAUGUCAAAGACUCGAUGAAGAGAGAACCGUUAAGUGUUUUUAAGUUUCCAUGAAUAUCGCACAUUCUGUGUGAAGUGUUUUUAAGGAGAAGCAAUCGAAAAAGCUGCCAUUUUGAAUCUUUCCUUUGCCCACAACUCAAAAUUGAUUUUUAAAAAUACCAUUCCCAGCAUGCCCGUGGCCAAUGAUGUGGUUCAAAGACAUUUUACUUAUGUUAUUUUUUUGUUUCCUAGCACUAAUAUUCGCCUUAAGUGCUCUACUGCGGCCCAGGUCCUCCUUCAAUCUCAAGCCUUUUUCAUUGUUUUGAAACUGAAGGAAAAUUGUAUGAGUUUAAAAGCUUGCACAGUUCCCAUCUCUGAGCCAGUGAAUGGAACAGAACAAGUGUGAUCAACCAAGGUCGUAUUCACUAUGAACGAAACGGAAGCAAGUGGACUGAAACUGAGGGACUACCUGAACUUUGUCCAACAAGAAAAGCUUGUUUUCGCAUGCUGUUGCAAAACAUUUUGCCACGUGUGCACUAAUCAAUACGACCCCCAAGUCACUCGGCAGUAUGAGGCCUGUCAACACUGACCCAACCAAUCAUCAGUUAAAACCUUUUCCGUUUUUUCGUCAUUCAUUUGUUCUUAAAGGGAUUUACACUGCUGUUUUUGUUAUUUUUGUAUAUCCAGGCACAUUUUUAUAAUAUCUAUCGCAACAUAAACUGAGAUUAUUACACAUCGACCGACCUAGCUUCGUCUGUUUUGUGUGGGUACUUGAGUAUAUGUCUGAUAAAACCUAAUCAUUCACGUCUGGGAGUUCAGAUUACCACUGCUCAGAACUACGACUUCAGCUAUAUUCACCCAACAGGACUUACAGAUGCUUCUUGUCAGUUAACAUUAUUAGUUGAUUCCGUUGUUGACCCUCUCGUCCCCAUUAUGGUCCACCAAUUUCUGGAAACGACGACAAAAAAACGCUUCAACUUGAUGUGACAGUUACAUUGUGCAAUAUAUACGCCACAGACCCUUCUUCCGUCCACACUCAAGUCAAAGCAGGAGCUGGUUUCUUUACAUUUUUCGUUCUUAAUUUGUAUUGUCGUUGUUGAUCAAAGCAAAGAACUUAAGAACUACAGAAACGUUACCUUUUCUCAUUUUUGAUUCCCACCAGGCCACUCCCUAAGAAACUGUUGCGUUAUGUUUUGCGGAGAGGAGGAGCGAGGAUGGUGUUACUAUUAUAACUGUGCGUUCAGAAACGGUCCCUGCAGCCCUGAAACUCCUCAUAUUGAACUGGGGUACAUGAGAAAGCCCUUCCUCUCCGCGUUGCCACACCGAACAGGGUGAAUCCAGAUGGGGGAGUCACUGGAGGGGCACAAUACCAAAUAAGAGGGGUUUCUCCUAAUGCAGUAGAUCUACUACGAGUGUUCCUUGUAUUUGGUACUGUACAAAAAUGUAAGAGCGACUAACCUUUUGUCUAUAUCAAAGGGUUUUAUCAUAGCACUUAUGAAGAAAGCUAAACGCUUCAACUUGCAAACCAAUAAAUCAGACAGAUGGAGCAGCAACUUUGAAAACUGAAAAAAAGACAAAGAACUUGCUCUUUUUGUACUGUAUCUAUACUUGGAAAUAACUUCUGGUAUUUGUUUGUUCCUCUUUGGUCCAAGGACUUGUAUGAACUUUGAAAUGGUAGCAGGAUGAAAAAAAAAAAAUGGAAAUCUACUUUUAUCUGAAAAAAAUAUUCUGCAAGUGUGAUUUUUUUUUUCUAAAGACAUUUUCUUUUAACUAUAUCAAAGUGAAUAUCACUGUUACUCCAAAAUGUUUAGCCUUUUUCUUGUCUGGAGACACUAGACAUGCAAUGUUACCUGUCUCCGGCCAACGGUCGGUCGGAGUGGGGAGGGGGAUGGUCACGGUCCACUGAGUGCCUCUCUGCUGUGGUGCCCAUGGCGACGGUCGCUAGGCAAGGCUACCCCCCACAGCAGCAUUUCCUCCUGGGCUUGCACCAAGCUCUCUCAUUGGACACCCUCAGCCCAGCAGGAAACCACGCUCCCUCCAAGACUGGCCAAUCAGCACGGAGCUAGGUAGCUAACGACCGCGCCAGCAGCACUCGACCUUGUCUCAACCAACCCUCUUCAUUUCCCCUAAUCUUCUUUCACACAAAGAUCACUUUAGCUGGAAGUCAAGAGACAGUCAAAUUUCUGGAAUUUUGCCAGUGUUUGAUGCAUUUUAUUUAGUUUUCAUUUGACGUUGUGUAUUUUUUGGUUUAUUUUUGUCUACAUGCAGUGGUCUUUUCAAGGUGGCUGCUUGAAACUAGCCCUUUUCACUGUUCAUAUGCAGAAACACUUUGGUCAGAGGUGCCUCUGUAUGUUCAUCCUGUGUAUUGAAUGCAAACGAGGAUCAAUACUACAGCCCGUCAUUGAUUGUCUAUUAUUAGUUAGUAUCUUAACUGAUUGAUUGAUCAUUGCUUUGUUUUGGACAGUAUGCUGUAGUACUUCCAGGUAGUAUCUCAAGAUGUGUAAGUUAGACCAAUAGGGUGUCUCAGAUGGGUGAGUGUGUCCUGCCUGACCCUAGCUGCUCCACCUGGGUUCUGCCAGGGCUGUCCCCUCGCCCCCUCACACAGCUGCUACGCUACACCCUCCUCCAGUCCCCUCCAAAGCAACCAUGGCCCUCCCCUUGACCAGACAUAAAAAGCGACUCAGUUCUGUUUCUAUGCAAAAGACUAGAGGCUGCGGACCCUUUACAGCCAACGUGCCAAUCCUGCCCUAAAGAUUGAGCACCGACUCGGAGCUAGAACCAACGACCUCCUGAUGUAUGUACCCUUCAGCACUUAGAACAUGUCUGCUCUUGGUCCUUAUAGCUGGGUUUAAACCACAACACUGUCAUAUUCCAAACUUCCACCCUCUAUGGGAAGUUAGUACCACUGGAGUGCAGGUAUAGUAGGCCUCUCUUUACUGUGCUGAAGACUGAUCUCCUGUCAGCUUGAUCUCAGGGUAGGAGAUGACGUUAAAAGAUGCAGCUCUCUCUGUAUGUAUGUCCUUUUGCUGUAGUGUAAGAGAGCCAAGUUCUACACUAACUAAUGGCAAGCUGUGCAGUAGUAGUACUAUAGACUUGUAUUGGCUGGAUAAUUGUUUUUUGGGGGAAUGGAAUAGUAAUGAAUUCCCUUCAACUAUGGGCCUACUGUAAUGUUACAAUGUAGAGGCCAGUGUUAUCCUAUGUGCCAAUACCCAAAAAUAUAUAGAUCUAUAAAACUAGCCCAUGUUAUACGAUCUGGAGAAAGAGCUCUUCUCUCUGGAUGGAGGAUCUUUGAUAACCUUUGUGAUGGAGGAUCUUUGAUAACUUUUGUGAUGGAGGCAGGGGGGCAGGAGGGAUUAAACAGAUGGGUGGGGGCAACACACCUCAUCCUGAACUCCUGAGAUAAUAUGCCUGUGUCUCAAAUGGCACCCUGUUUACUAGGUAGUGCAUUAUAUAGGGACAUAGGGUGCCAUUUAGGCAGUCUUUGCUUUAGUGGGGAAUGCCCCGUUGUUGAGGAUAAAAUCUUUACUGAGUUUGCGGGAUCCAAGUAUGCUACGGUGCACAGUCAGUUUGACGGGUAAUCCCGGGUACAUAUUUUUUUUAAACCAAAAAAGAAAUUCUUCAAGUUUAAUGUCAUUUUUAAUAUGAAGUUUGACAAAUCUUUUUUUUAGUUUUUUUUUUUAAGUACAAAAAUCAAUAAAAGAUCAAUAAUAUGUUAACUAAAGCUCUGCACUUCUAGCUGAAAUGUCUCCAGUCCUCUAGCUUCCAGAAUGCAGGUUGGGGAGCCUUUUUGUGGAUGCUAUAUUUGAUCCUAUUUGUUAAUGUUUCCGCCCAAAGCGGGCCCACAACUGUAUAUUUCCGCAGACCCAGAUGACUUCGGGCCCACUGUAUCAGCCCAGGUCGCUCGCCUCACUGCGUCUGUGGUGGGCAACGAGAGGGGGCGCAUUUCAAAAAGGUUCAAAAAUUCUUAAAACUAAAAAAAAACUAAAAUGGGAUAAGGCUACCUUUUGGGACUCUGAGGUGUCCUGCAGCACACUAGCAAAAAUCACUAUUGCCUGUUUCUGUAACUGCCUUGAUCCAAACUCAGAGACCAAUUAGCCGGGUGGGGGCCUCCAAACGUCCGCUCUGUGUGUGGUGCUGCACCAGCAUUGAGGGGCACGCCGUGCACUCUCUACAACUUAACUAUAGAUAGAUUGUGUGUGUGUGUGUGUGUGUAUAUACACAUAUGGAUAUGUACGUGUGGUAGGUAGCACAUCAACAGACACCUUUGAUCUCAACCUCCUAAAACCUUUUGUUCCUUUUAAAAGGUCUGGGUUCAAUACAAACUGAAAAUUAGCAAUAUUUAUUCCCCUCCGGAAAUAAGUGAUCUGAAGGAAAUGAAAUGGGGUUAGGGGUUAAACUGGUACUAGAUGGAUCAUGAGUAAUGUCUUUCCUAUUUGGAGUUGGAUAUGCACGUUCUGGAUUUAUGAACACAUUACAGUAAGUACCUUGAAGUACUUCUACUGUAUGUGAGUGAAUUUGUCUAAACAACCCAACCUGAAAUCACCUGUUUUUUAAAUGUAUACUUUCCCAGCAGAGAAAAAUAUCAUUAAACAUAUCAACACAAAAAUACACAAAUACUUGAAUCAAGGAGAGCCAAUAACGUAAUGUGAAGUCUUUUGUAAAAAAAUAAAAAUUGUUUAAAAAAAUUCAAAUUAAAAGUCUGACUUGUACACUUCCAAGCUUUUUGAGGUCAUCAGUUUAAAAAAUAUAUAUAAAAAAUGAUUUAAAAAAUAUUGUAGAAAAAAAAUGUGCAAAAAUUAUUUUGUGUGCUUGAAAGUCAAAUGUAUGUGUGCAAACGACUGUGUGCUUGGCAGGCUUAGGACUGCUGUCAUGUUCCAUUCAGUAUGUUGUGUAUUGACAUUGUUGUCUGUCCUUUUAUUCAGUUUAUUUUUUUUGCUUGUCAACUAUAUUUUGAUAACAAUGUCUAUCUUCUAACAUGGCACUGAGUGUCUUCUACCCCUCACUCAGCUAAUCGUAGACAAACGAGACUAAGUACUGAGGGGAGAGGGUGAUAAUUCAUGUGUAAAUGUUUACUCAAGGACUUAAUGGGGGAAAAAAGGUUUUUGUUUUAUCUGUAAAAUGUUUAUCUACCUUUUUAUAGUGGCUUUUUAUUGUGGAAUAAUCCAAAACAAGGAUUAUCAUUGAGUAUUGCACCAUUUUGUUCUGAUUACAUACAAAUGUAAUGAAAAAAAAGACUACAAAAAAUGAACAAUCUAAGAUUUGUGGCCAUAGAUGGUAGGACUAGUAAUCCCCAUGUUAACUUCAUGGAGAAAUGGAAAGGGAUAAUGUGGGGAUGUGAGUUUGUUACAGGACUCAUUUCAGAGGUGCCUAUUUUUUUUAUUUUUUUUGCAAAGCCACCUGUCGUUUACAAACAUUUCAUUUGUCUGAAGUUGAGGGAAAAUGAAUUUUAUAAUGAAAAUGUUGAAAAAGACUAAUUCCAUCUUCCAUCAAAUGAAUAUGAACAUUAAUUAAACCAACUUUGCAAAAUUAAGAUUUAUGCUACUUUCAGAACUCUGGGAUUGAUCAGUGUUGUCGUAUUUCAAUUAUUAUUAUUUUUUAUGUCGACAGACGUAUGUAUUGAUUUAUUUGAAUUUUGUCUUGUAAAAAGGCAACGCAAUCUGCUUACUAUCUUGCACACUCGUAAAGAUGUGGAUCUUGUCUCGGGAAGGCCAGGAUUUCCAGAGUUUAAACUCCAUUUUUAUUUAAAUUUGAGAGUUAUAAAUUAGAAUAACUUUGAGAAAUCGAACUCCAAGCACUGAAAGUUAGGGAUUUAAAUAGAAUAUGAAAUACCAUUUGAUUCUAAAAAAUCUGUAGCGGUUACAUAUUUACCAAAUAAAUGACUGAAAAUGAACUUUUUGAGAGGGAAAAAGUGGAGUGCUUUACAUGUAAAAUCGAUGUAGAAAUGGCUUUACAUUGAAACAAAAAUUAUCAAUGGUUUUAGUUGUACUUAUGUAUUUUCUUGCGGUUCCAUCCUGUAACGUUCAGGAGCAUUGUGCAUUACUCUUAUGUCUCUGUUCCUGUGGCAGGUAUUCAAUGAGUUAAGAGAUUCUAAUGUCUAAUAGAUGGGUUUCAGAAGAAAGAUUUGAAGUGGAGGGGGGAAGCUGGUUUUUAAAGGCUCAUGAUCUAUGCACAAGUGGGAGGGAGAGUCCAGGCCUGCUUUUCUCUUGGGGCCCAGGACUGGUACUCUGGGGUUCAGGGUUUGAUGUAGGGGUGUGUCAUUGUUGUGCUAUGUUAGAUUUUCUUCCCCCUCAUCAGAUUUAUGGCAACUUUAUUGCUUCACCAUGCUGUGUAAUCCUUAACCAAUGAGCGCUUAUCCUUCUGCUAAAGCACUGUGGGUUAUACUGAGAAAAAGCCCAUGAUUUAAGGCAAUCCGGUUUUUGUAAGGGGGAGGAGGUGAUAAUCUGCCUAUCGCCUUUUUUAUUUAAAAAAAAAAAUGUUAAGGAGAAGUGUCUGUGCUGAGAAAGUUAUGGCUUUUAAUGUUUUUUUUUCUCCUCAUAGAAUGUAAUUGUUAAUGAUAUGCACCGGGAAAAACAUGUUUCCAUAAGUUAUGGCGCUUCUUUCGGACUAUAUUAAUAAAUUGACAUUUUUCUUGGCU